AGAAAUUGCCAGUCUUCACGCAAAUUUUCCACAACGUUCAUAAACUGUGGUUGGAGAAUAUCAUUUGAGCGAGAACAUAUGUUUUAUUUCGACGAGAGUGUUUCUUACAGUGGAAUUUGGUGUCCGGGCUUUUACAUAGACAAUACUAGAGAUAAAGAUUAUGACGACUAGACGUACGAUCAAUCGCAUGAUGCAACUCAUGCUGAUCAUGUUCGGUUACUGGCCAGGUAUAUCAUGCGUGCUAUUCUACAGAAUGUUUUGGAUGACAACGCUAGCAAUUACUGAAUACUUUCAUUGCCAGUACUUUGUAAUGCAUUUUCGUUUCCAUAACCUUUUCAACUUGAUGGAUUGUUUGAGUAGCUUUUUGGCGUUUAUAAAACUGUUCUCUAAGCUCUUAAUUUUCUGGUUGAAACAGCGAACAUUUUUCGAAAUCUUAACGAUGAUGGCAAAAGACUGGAGUGAUUGCGAUAACACUGGCGUUGAGUUGCGCGAAACGGCAAGGAAAGCGAAAUUAUCGAGUCGUAUUGGCAAUGGAAUAAUUAUUCUUCAGACAAUGGCCACGCUUGCAUACGUCAUUGGCAUUUUCCUGGCGUCGUUCGACGUCGACGUCACCGAUCGAACAGUUGAACUGCCUCUAAUUUUUAAAAUGGAAUACCCCUUCGUUAUAGAUACGCAACGCAAAUACAGACUGGUAUUAGCUACGCAAUUCCUUUCCGUAGCAAUGUGCAGUUGGAGUGCUAAUUUAUUCAACGCGUUGUUUUUAACUCUGACUCUACACGUGGGCAGUCAAAUAAACAUCCUGAUUUGCUGGUUGGGAGAAGUUGGAUCUAAAGAUAUCGAGAAAACGCAUGACCGGCAUGACUCAUUCGUUACUGUCAUUACGAAGAUUGUUCGGAAACAUCAAAAAAUUAUUAAUCUCUCAGAGAACAUUGAAAAUCUCUAUUCAUAUAUCGCUUUGGUGCUAUUCAUAUCAAAUACGGUGAUGAUUUGCUCAUUAGGAUUUCUCGUUGUAACCGCAAUCGGAAGCCCCGACGCCAGUAAACAAAUAACGAGGUCUAUUUUAUUUUACAUUGUAACAAGCCUUGAAGCAUUUGUAUUUUGCUUCGCUGGAGAAUAUCUGAGCAAAAAGAGCAAAGCGAUCGGAAACGCAGCGUACAAUUCCGCUUGGUACGACAUGAAAGCUAAAAAUAGGCAGGUUCUGUUGUUUAUAAUUUUAAGAUCGCAAAGGCAAUUGCAGUUUACAGCGGGCAAGAUGGCUGUUCUCUCCUUAGAAUACUUCACAACUAUUAUGAAAGCUUCGGGAUCGUAUUUAUCAGUACUGCUGGCAAUGAAAUAAGCGCGCCGUAAUAUAUAUCCUUCCUAAAUAAUAGUCGUCAAGUAACGAACCAAAAUCAUAUCUGUUGAUUUCUCUAAUUAAAAAACCAUAUUAGGACACAGUAUAUACAUACGUAUACAUAUAUAUUAUUGUAUAUAUAUAUAUAUAUGUA